AGUUUCGUGUUAUCGCGUUGACUUCGGUGGGAUAAUUUCUCGUAAAAGGACGCCGCGUAACCGUUUAAUAUAUUUAAGCUGUACUCGGCAGAUUCUGCAUUACCGCAAACACGAAGGUAAGUAGUAAAUCGAACAGGAUGCGUAUUCGUCAGUCGGUAAGGCGAGUCAAUCGGGUGUUUCCUCGGGUGUUUCCGAGUAUCGAUUACCCGUACGCGGUUACAUCGUACAUGUAUAACGAAAACGGGAAUAGUAAAAGUACAGCUCGAGCCUGAUCGGCACAUCGCUGUGUAUUUUCCGUGGCGAAGCCAUGGCUCCGGCGGUUGGACAUUCGAGAUUUUACCGUUUAAUCGAAAUAACACACUGAGCGGCGGGCAGAUAUGGCUGCACAGUGUACAGUUUUCAAUAGGAAACUCGCAACGCCUAUUCAUCUACGCGGACGAUAAGAUAAGCGGCGCCAAAGGUGAAACUUCAGGAUGGUGAAGAUAUACGUGGUAAAAUUUCGGUAUCACAGUUGUCCGAUUGUGAAUUAAUAGAUGACUGCCAGAUACGAAUGUCCGGAUCACACAAAAGGACCCCAAGAUAUUCACAUACGCUAUCAGGACACAGCUUUGGUGAUUUUUAAGGAACAACAAAAUCGACCUAGAUUGCAAAAUUACCUGAGCUUCGGUCCUAGCCGCAAAACAAUGGAAUAUACCAAUAAUGGUAACGACGCGGUAAUCGUUAAAAACGUUGCGAGAUCAACGCUGAACACAACGGCCGCUGGACAGAUAUCGAUUAAGCCAAGUGCAGCUUGCUCAAUAAUUUGAUAACGAUACAGGUACCAUAAAAGUAUUCAUCCAUAUGACUAACGAAUUCGCGGUCAUUUCGAACGCGAUGUUUGAAGUGAAAUCGGGAGAGACGUGUUACGCGUGAAUC